GUAAACCUGGGCUAAGGAGUGGGUGGAGCACCCUCGGCCAGGGAGCUCUGAUGUGGCUUUCAAAGGGGCAGAGUCUGGGAGGUUAUGCAAAUGUGAAGCCACAGAAAGCCAGCAGCAGAGGCACUGCAGUUGCUGAGUCCUUGGAGGCAGGCUUAGAGUAAAACUAGCUCUAGCAAGUCAGACUGGGAAUCCACUACCUGAACUGAUUCCCAACUCGAGUUUUACUGGCAAAACCAGAUCUGAGUGUUUCCUCAACUUUCCAGCCGCCUGUUUACACUGACUUUAUUUUCAAGAUAGCUUUCAAGUGGAAAGAGGGAAAUUACUCUCAACAGUAAGUCAGCAGUAGAUAACAGAUGGAUUCUCCACUGCAAUUGGGAAAUGAGAACUUGAGUGAAGAAAUAAAAAGACAAGUUCCUGGUCCAUUUACACAGUUCCAGAGAAACUUCAUCCAGACGGUAACGUUGCUGGGAAAGCUGCCCACGAGGGUCCUCCACUGCAAAAAACCCCACGCAGCUGUUGCUCUACUCAGGAUUGACCAGGAAGCCAUGAAAUCCCUCACCGCGGAUGAUGAAGAAGAUUUUCUGCUAAGCAAAGUGGACUUGAGGCGCCAGCAGAUUUCCCAGACUGUGGAGGAGGUACAGAAAGUUAUCCACCAGUUGACCACAGAAAUCAGCUGUCAAGACUCCCGAUUUCAAGCCGUGCCUUACCGUGACACAUACAAUGGGAACAUUAAGGUCUUGGCCCCUGGUCAUUUCCUCAUCACAGUGCCGGUGAGAGGCCUGGCAGGGUACAGAGAAGCGAAGGAGCAGCGCUGGCGCUACUACAGCCUGAAGGGCUCCCAGCUCUCCUGUCCCUUGCGGGCCCCUGAGGGCCUGCAGCAGUGGCUGCAGGUGGAGCAGUUCAUGAAGAACAUGUGGCAGUGGCACGAGGCCGAUGUCAACAUCGAGGGCGACGUUGUGCCUGCUAAGGUCCUCCAGGUGUUCCGGAAGCUGGUGGAAAAAGCAAUUACAGCCUGUCACCUCUCAGGUAAAGUGAGCCUGCUGACCAGCAGCUCUGGAGUCUGGGUUGCCGUGGAAACAUCUGUCUGCCCAGUGGAAAUCGAGCUGGCCCCCACCGUGGAGAUCCCCUCUGCCUGGCCCAAGAAAGCCCAGUGGCCUCGAUGUAUGAAGCGCUGGCCUUCCCCGCAGAGAGUGGAGUGCGUCAAGUCCUUUGGGUUCAACUUGUUGGCCCGUUCCAACUACCACUGGCAGCUGAGCUUCUCGCAGGCCGAGCAGGUGCUGCUGCAGCAGCUGGACGAGGACGGGGGCUGCCGCAGACAGUGUUUCUGGGCGCUUCGGCAGCUGACCGAGGACGUGUGGUGUCCCGGGGGGAGGCCAGCCAUCACCGCCCACCACCUGCAGAUGGUGCUCUUCUGGACCUGUGAGAAGUACCCCCACCUGAAGGACUGGCAGGACUUCGAGAGUGCCUUCCCCCGCCUGGUGCGGAAGCUGCACAAGUGUGUGAGCCAGCGCUUCCUCAAGCACUACUUCGUCCCCAAGAGCAACCUGCUCCAGUCCGCCAACGCCAGCGAGCUGGACUCUCUGGGCCAAAAGCUGGCCUUCUUCCUGAAGAACCCCCAGAUCAGCGUGCCCUGAGGUGGCCCUACCCAGGUGGCCUUGAGCAUUUCAUUCUGACCUGACCUUGUUCUCUUGGGAUGGGUCCUCUCCUCUCGGCGUCCCGCCCAGGAGAGGCACAGUGUAGGGCAGAGGGGCUCACUUCCGUCCGGUGGCACUGCCCCAGGCCUCACAGCCAGGCUCCCUGGAGCCAAGCAAGUGUUCCACCCGCUACCUCUCUGGCCCCGCUCGCUCCCAGCUUCCCAAGCCAUUGAUUCCGAGCUGACACCAUGGUGCUGAGAUUCAUUUCCCUGGCACAGGCUCUGCACAUCUGCUGAGGAAAUGGCGACAGAGACCCUGGAAGGCCCGACAGUCGUGCUUCCCAGGAGCACUCUCCAGUGGGCUGAGCAGGGCUCCCAGUUUUUCCUCUUGUAAAGUGGGGAUGUUGAUAUGCUUUCUUCACUGCAGGAUGGGAUCCUCUGCAAGAGGAGGACUUGGGGCAGCAGGAAGCCUGGUGCUUGCAGCUGCUGGACCAGGACCAUACACAGAUGACGUGGUGCCCGCUGAUGAACUGGUGGGAUUGUGCCGCCUGCACCGCCCUCCGGCUCUCCUGAGCAGAGGCACAGUGGUUCUGUCUGUGGUUCUGGCUGCACCCCUGCAGCUCUCGGUGUGCAGGGAGGGGUCUGAUAGCUGUGAGUCCACAGUGAAAGUGCAGCUCUGACUGCUGCCAGCCACAGCCCUGUCUGUGCCCAAGCCGUGGGUCACAGACGGGAAUUCCUUCUAUCGAAUGAGCUUCAUAGUUUGAACUUGCAUGGAUUGCCAUUGGUGCCAUUCACCUCUCAAUACAUUUCUGUGGUCAUUCAUUCACUUACUCAUUUUUAAAUAAAUACUCCUUAAGCACUGGGAAUACAGCAGGGUGGACUGACAAAUGGAGUAACACUUAAUAGUGAAGAUAAAAUAAACACAGUUACUACAGA